AUGCAGCUCAAUCUUGCAGAUGGAACAAUACUGUGCAUUGACUUGUGUGAAACUCAUAAUUUUAAUUGGCUUGAAUCAAAUUUUGGUCGUAUCUUUUCUGUAUUCGACCAACAGGACUCUGGCAAUAUUUCCUUUGGCUGUAUUCGUUCAAAUUCUGAACGUAUCUUCAUCAAAUAUGCUGGAGCAAGGCCCAGUUCGUUUGACGGUCUUCCAAGUGAUGCUGUUGCUCGUCUUCACCGAGCGACUACUGUCUAUCAGGAUAUACAACCUCACGAGCAUUUAUUGGCCAUGCAGAUGGCAUUUUCCGUAGAAGAAACUGGAGGUUUUGUUUUAGUCUUUCCAUGGCUCAAUAGAGCCGAGUGUUUGCAUUCUCACUGGGUUUAUCCGCCACCUGCCAAAUACGAACAUCCGCAAUCACCCUACUAUCGUUUUCGCCAACUACCACUCGAACAACGUCUGAUCGCUCUUCAAGCGAUCUUCUCGUUUCUUGAACACGUCGACAGAUUGGACUACGUAGCAAUUGACUUUUACGAUGGCAGCAUUAUGUAUGAUUUUGAUUUGAACACACUCAAAAUAUGUGAUAUCGAUUUGUAUGAGAAAAUUCCUUGUCGAUCAGCGCUACCACCUUGGGGUUCUCCACGAUAUUUAUCUCCAGAAGAGCUGAGUGGUGAUAGCCUACUCGACCAUCGGACAAAUGUGUUCCGCAUGGGUGCAUGCGCGUUCGGUCUCAUCGGUGGUGAACUCGAUCGGUCACGAUUGAAAUGGGACGCUAGUGAUAGCUUGUACCAGAUAGCUUGUCGAGCAAUAGCUGAUCAUCCCAGGGAUCGGUAUACGAACGCCACUGAAUUUCUUUACAAAUGGUAUCAAGCUAGAGAAACACUAAAAGCUAACAGCCAAUCAAAACAAUAG